AUGGUUGAUCGAUCGGUGAAGAGACUCGAAGGGAUUCUACAUGAUGUACUCGUAAAGGUGGCCAAUUUUAUAUUUCCUGAAGACUUUGUAAUUCUUGGUUGUGAAGUAGACUUUGAGGUACCUAUAAUUUUGGGCAAGCCGUUCUUAGAAACUAGGAGAGUUUUAGUUGACAUAGAGAUGAAUGAGAUGAAAUUUAGGCUUAAUGAUAAAGAAGUUAGCUUUGAUGUAUGUCAAUCCAUGAAGCAACCAAGGGAAAUGAGUGUAGUCUCAGUUAUUGAUGUUGACUGUAAAGAUGAAUUAGUUGAUCAAAAAGGCAAAGGAAAGAGAAAAAGAACUAGCAGACCUCCGGAUCCUGUUGGGGAGUUCUUUACUCCACCAACCAAGGCUAUGGAUACAUCAGUGGAACCUAAUGCCACUGUUGAUAUUCUUCCCACUGAUGAUGCAGCAUCACAAUCAGUGAUUUAUGAUACAAGCGUUUAA